CGGGAUGAUCUGACUGUGCACUCGGAUCUCGGCUGAUGAUCGCAGUACAUGUGCUAUUUCCGACGCCCGUUAUCGUUACCGUAGUUUUUUAUGCGUCCAAAGAUUUUCACAAUUUACAUUUAAUUACUCGAUUGUUCGGCGUAAGUGCGUGUGUCACAUUUGCUUGUCGCGGUUGAAUAAAAUUAUCUAUAACCCAUACGUUUUUAUUUUAUUUUAUCUCCAGUGUCUUCAGUGCGGUUUAGACUAAGCUGUUGGUUUUAUUUAUUUUAUUCUAUUUAACUAACCGAUCCCGUGCGUGUUUGUGUUUUUAACGCCGUGCACAUUUUUUAAUUAUAUUUCCUUCAAUGGGACCGGUCGUAUUGAUGAAAAGAUAGAUUUUUUUCGUUUAUUUAGUGCGAAUACCGCCCAAGUGUGCUGUGGAUAUUUUUCUUGGGGUCGUUUUGCCAAACUGAUAUAAUAAUUGGAAUACAUUUUACUUGUACAUGCUAGCCGCGCACCGCCGUUGACAUUGUGUAUGGCCGUUAAGCGGCCAACGGCGUUGAGCCGUUCGGGUCUACACCUGCACCGCCGUCGGUAUGCCUGAAAAGGAGACCAUGCUGUACCCAAACCCAUUCGACUAUUCGGUCGGAUUGUCCCUGCAGUUCCCGCUGUCGGCUGCUCCACCGCCGCCGCCGGACGCCAGAGGAUCAUGCAUAUGGAAUCCCAGCCUGAUACCACCGGCCACUUCCAGUCCGUCCACGUCCACCAUGGGCGCUUUCCAUCAACCAAUACCGCACAGUUUGGUUGGAAGUUGCAGUGUUGGAGGAUCAGGUGAUUUAAUAUCAAGGAGGGGGGCGGGUGGCGUUUUACCGCCACAUCACCCGCACCCCCACCCUGCUGAUUUUCCACAUCCCCUUCGCUUUAACUGCAUGGAUAUUUGUUCAUCCUUUGCCACAGUUGGCUCUCUAAGUUCGGGAUUGUGCAGUCCAUUGGCGCAGAGUUUUUCACGCCAGGGCAAAAAACGGGCACUUUCUGUUUCACCGUCUCCGGACUUGGAACUUCAUGGCCGUAUUCGGUCAUCGCCGAGUGCUUUAUACUCGGCAGCAGCAGCAUAUGGAGCAUCUUGCUCCAGAAGUUCAAGUACUUCUGGGUCAUAUGGACAUUUAAAUCCAUUGGCUUUUACUAUGCAACACCACCCAUCUGUAAUAUCACCUCAAGUACAACAGUUGCUUCGAUCUGCUAGCGGUCUUCAUUUACCAUGGCACAAUGCAACCUCUGUUCCAUCUUCUGCUCAUCAUCCUUCAUAUAAUAUUCAUAUGUUACCAGUACCUUCUCAAGAUGGUUCUCAAAUGUUGGCUAAUGAAAUGUGUAAAAUUAAGCACGAACGAUCAAAAUCAAAAUCGGGAUCUAAAAAAUCAUCUCAAAAAUUAUCUGAAGACUCUAAACAAAAUUCUCCAGAGUCAAUAUGUGAUUUAAAAGGUGAACCGGAUUUCAUAGAAACUAAUUGUCAUUGGAAACACUGUAACUUGGAAUUUCAGACACAAGCUGUUUUAGUCCAACAUAUAGUAAAUGAUCAUAUUCAAGCCAAUAAAAAAUCAUUCGUUUGUCAAUGGCAAGAUUGUUCUAGAGAUGAGAAGCCAUUUAAAGCUCAGUAUAUGCUUGUAGUACAUAUGAGGAGACAUACAGGAGAAAAACCUCAUAAAUGCACUUUUGAAAACUGUACUAAAGCUUAUUCAAGACUAGAAAAUCUCAAAACACAUCUCAGAUCUCAUACUGGUGAAAAACCUUAUACAUGUGAACACCCAGGUUGUAGUAAAGCAUUUAGUAAUGCUUCAGAUAGAGCAAAACAUCAAAAUCGAACUCAUUCUAGCGAGAAACCUUACAUUUGCAAGGCUCCAGGUUGUACAAAACGUUACACUGAUCCUAGUUCCUUGCGAAAACAUGUUAAGACUGUCCAUGGGGCUGACUUUUAUGCUCAUAAAAGACAUAAAGGUAAUGGUGAUAGUAAUCACGGAGGAGGAAGUGGCGGUGGUGGAGGCACUGGCGCGGGUGCUGAUGAUGCAUCUCCUUAUAGAAGUGAUGAAAUGCCAAUGAGUGCAAAAACUGUUAGUGUAUCUAGUCCAAGCAUCAAGUCUGAGGAAACCAAUUCUCCGGGUCAACAACCAAGUCCCAUGAGUGUCCCAUAUAAUAAUAGGAUGUUCCAUGAUGAACCAAUUAGCGAUAGUAAUCAUAGUGCAGAUGCUUUGGAUGAAAAUUGGGUUGAAGAUGGUCAAGAUGCUGAUCUUUUUGAUAUUAUGCCAAUGCAAUCUGAAGUUGGAAUGGUAACUUCGGCACCAAUGGUCAGAAGAAUGCGUCGGUUUGUACCUCAUGCUGGCUUAAAACAUGCAGUUGAUGAGAUAUCUUCUAUACCUGAGUUGAGUCCAGGACAUGGCGGUUCUGGAAUUCAAGAACUUAAUAAACGGCUAACUGAUAUGAAAAUGGCUUCUAACCAAGAUUCCAUUCGACGCGAAAGUACAUUUAGCAAUUAUUGGAGUAUGAAGUCUGAUCACAGUCGUAGAAAUAGCCAAGUGCCCUCUGAGCAGCAUAGAUUAAGCAAUGCUUCUUCUCUGUAUGAUCCAAUUUCUGUGGAUUAUUCACCUAGUCAAGCAAAUACAGCUAAUGGACCUGAUCUCGAUGCUUUUCCCGUUACUUCAAGUGAAGAAUGCAGACAAAUACCCGAAAGUGCUAAAAUGGUGAGGCCAUCAACACAUCAAGCAUCAGCUGUACACCAUCCAAAUUCUAAUAUUAAUCUAGAUGAAGUGGGUGAAGGUGAAUCGUUGGAAAGUAAAAUGGUUUUACCAGAUGAUUUUGACGAUGUUAUUAAAGAUAUGAUAAUAGGAGAAAAAAUUGACAAUUAUGAUCUCAUCAACGAAUUGACAGAAUCAGCUUUGGAACAAAUUCCAACUUUAACAUCGCCUAUUGUAAAUGAAAAUACAAAUCUAGGAAGCCCACAAGUAAUAACAAAUACGACACCUGUUCAAAAUUCUACGACAAGUGAAAGACCUAAAGUAGUUAAUAAUCAUCGUAAUAUGCGUAGCAAUAGUUUACCAGUGAAUUGGCAAGGACAAAAUCAAAAUCAAAGUUUGUCCAGGGGAAUGUAUCAACCAUCAUUUCAUAAUCAAAGACCAUAUCAAACAAACGCGCCUUUGCAGCUUAAUAAUAAUAAUAAUAAUACUAAUACUAACAACAACAAUAUAAGAUGUGCUCCUAUGAUACAACAGCGGCAAAAUGGAGGUCGAUAUUCUUAUUCAUCUAAUCAAGAUUUUGCUCACUAUAACCACAAUUAUACGAACUUUAGACAAAAUAAUACGCAAUAUCAAAUGAAAAACAAUAAUCAACAUUAUCAAAAUAGUCAAUUUUCUGAGCACAGUAAUGGUUAUUAUAAUGGCCAAGAUUCUUAUCAAAGAUGCCAGAGAAAUAACAAUGGGCAGCAAACAAAUUCAACUGCAAAUAACGGAAUUCCAUAUAGCAAUUAUUAUAACAAUAGUUGUAUUAAUCAGCAGUGCAAUCAACAACAAUGUAAUCAACAUUAUUACAACAACUAUCAAAAUAAUAAUAGCGCAAAUAAAUUUGGAAACUAUUCAAGGCCGAAUAAUAUAAAUCCACAAGAACAACAGUACUAUAUGGACUUGGAUAGAAAGACUGAAAAUGAAGUUAGGCCAAUAGAAGAAACACCGCCAUCUUACCCAAUCACUAAUCAAGCAUUUGAUAGUAGCAGUAAUAUGGUUUUAAAAGAUAUGUCUACUUCACUGAGUUCACUGUAUGACGAAAACACUUUUUUCCAAAUGUCAACUGUGUAUUCAGAAUCAUGAUAUUAUUCGUUAUUUGUUUUUCGUGUAUAAAAGUCUAUAGUUACCACUCAGUUUAUUACUAUUUUUUUGAAACCAUUAUGAAAUAUUUAUAGUUUGUAUACAUUUAAGUAAAAAUUUUAUACUAUUAUACUAAGAAUUUUUAAGAAGUCUGGAAAUUCAAAACAACUGUUUUUAUUGAUAUUUCAUUUUUCAUUUUAUUACGUACAAUAAGUUAUUGAAAAAUAUUCACUCUAUUAGUAUUGUAUUCAUUUUGUAUAAAGUGAAAUAUGUUAGAAUUUAUAAUUUUAUUUAUUUAAAAUAUAGGCGUGUACAAAACUUAAUAUAUUUGUUAUAAUGUGAUCUUCAUUUUAAGACUUUUAUUUAUUAUUAUUUUUGUUAUAAUAAAUAAUAAAUUUGUGUAUGUUUUAAACAUAUUGUGUAAUUAAAAAAAAUAAAAACUGUUAUAAUAAUAUCAAUA